GCUUUGCUUGGGGCUGCCUACAUGAGCCCGAGCCCGCUGAAGAUCACACCGCAGGAUGUGAAGCGAGCGCUCACCAGUCGAGAGUUCAAGCCACAGGCUGACAAGGCCAAUGGCCUGAUUCGGCGCUGCUGGUCACUGGUUGAGAGUCACGGUGCUUGCGACCCAGGUGUGCACAUGUUGAUGGCGGAGUUCGAAACAGACUUGGUGCUAGCUAUGCUUGGGAAGCGACACAGUGAGGUGAAGAUCUCUGAUUGCCAGGAAGCUGCAGCCUGUCGGCUGAUGGACAAGCUUGAGACUGCCAAGCAUGUUCGUCUUUGCUCAGAGUGGGACGCCUUCAAGGAAGAUUGCGCUGAUGACGUCGAAGGCUUGACGGAUUUGCUGCCGUUGAGUUCCCCAGCAUUCUUGGCUCACUGCCUGCGCGGGCAGGUCACGCAGGCCUUCUUUGACCUAGAGGCAGCUCAUCACCAUGCCCAUGGGCAGUUGAGGGUCCAGGUCACAGUGAAGGCAGUCUUUGCCACAGAGGCCUUUCCUAAGGGCAAGCUCGUCUUGGUUCCAUGCUCAUUGAAGCUCGACGGUCGCAGGUUGGGCCAGAUCAUGGAUGGCAACAAGACUAGCCUGUGUUUGGGAGAGCUUUCCUUGAAGCAUGCCAAAUUGGCAACUUGUGAGUCAAUGGUCUUUUGGAUUCAGCCCUUCUUCUCGGAUGGAGGGAAAGACAAAACCAAGCCUGGUUUUGUGAGUCCCUUCUUCUGUGUUCGGAGUUCGACUGAGCUAGAAGAGUGCAAUAUGGCUCUGACUUCCACCUUUGAUCCUUCCAAGCCCAAUUGA